AUGUCCGAAGCAGAUCUUCUACAACCAGGAAACGUCGUUCGAGAACGAUGGAAAGUUAAUACGAAAAUUGGUGGCGGUGGCUUUGGUCAGAUCUAUGAAGCCUAUGAUCUUGUUACCAAAGAGAAUGUUGCACUUAAACUUGAAUCAGCCAAACAAGCUAAGCAAGUACUUAAAAUGGAAGUAACAGUUUUACGUCGCUUACAGGGCAAAGAUCACGUUUGCAAAUUUUUGGGUGGCGGAACAAAUGAAUUAUACAACUAUGUGGUCAUGACUUUACAAGGAAAGAAUCUUGCCGAAUUACGUCGUGGGCAAGCACGACAAUGUUUUAGUUUAUCCACAUCAUUACGUAUUAGUUUACAAAUUCUUCAAGCUAUUGAAUCAAUUCAUGCAAUCGGAUUCUUGCAUCGAGAUAUCAAACCGUCAAAUUUUUCUAUGGGAAGAUUACCCACAACUUGUCGGAAAGUUUAUAUGUUAGAUUUUGGCCUAGCGAGAAAGUAUACGAAUGCUGAGGGAACUGUUCGAGCAGCGCGACCGCAAGCAGGCUUUCGUGGCACUGUAAGAUAUGCUUCAGUUAAUGCACAUAAAAAUAAGGAAAUGGGUCGGCACGAUGAUUUGUGGAGUUUAUUUUAUAUGCUUAUUGAGUUCAUUACCGGACAAUUACCAUGGAGAAGAAUCAAAGAUAAAGAACAAGUUGGACAAAUGAAAGAAAAAUAUGAUCAUACUAAUUUCCUCAAAAGUCUUCCAUCAGAAUUUAAACAAUUCGUUGAACAUAUACAAGAACUACGUUAUGAAGAUAAACCAGAUUAUGAUUUAUUACAAAAUCUGUUUCGUACAUCCAUCGCUCGUCGUGGUUACAAAGAUUCCGAUUUGUACGAUUGGGAAAAGGAAAGCAACGGUGUAGAUGAUGAAUCGUUAACACCUAAUUCAGGUGUACAGCAACAGCCACAAACUCAAACACAGCAACCUGUAUUAACCAGUAUCAAUAAUAAGAUAUCUGCAGACAUGACCAAAGCUAUGAUGACUGCUCAACCAGGUGGUCUGAGUACAACGAUGAAUAUUCGUCAACAAGCAACAGAAGCUGAUACACUUGACGAACGAUGGAAACAAUCAAACGGUGGUGGUGGUGGUGGUCGACAAAGUGGUGGUGCGUCAGACCAUUCACCAUUUUCACCUCGUCGUAACAUUCCAAAAAGUCUCGAUCGAAAUUCUCGUCGAGGCUACGCAUCGUCACCAACUGGUCCUGGUAAUACAACUCCACAACAAAAUGCGAAUAUGACUGAUAAAGAUCUUUCACUUUCGAAAAAACAAUCCAUAUCUCAACACCAACAACAGCAACAACAACAGCAACAGCAGCAGCAUCAACAGUAUCAGCAACAGCAACAACAACAACAACAGCAACAACAACGAACUCCUCUCACGACAACUCCUCUCGAUAAUAGCAAUAAAGAUGCCUGGAAAACUGUUACUGGAACUACUGCACCUCUAUCUGAAUUAUCCCAACGUUUACGACGCACAACACCAACAACGAAAUCGAAUACUGCCGAACCAUUAACACCCUCGAAUAAGUUUCCAGGUGGUAAAUCAACUGGCAAGGAGGAUUCGCCUGCCAGUGUAUCUUAUUCUGAUUCGGGUAAACCUCGAACUGGCACUGGCUUGUCAACGUUGAAUCGUUCUCAUCAACUGAAAAGCACAGAACGUCUCAAUGAGCUUCAGCAAAUGCCACAAAAUGGCUCGUCCGCAUUUGUUAAUCUCGAUGAAUCACCCUCACCUGGUACCAAUCAAAUGUCUAAUGUGAUGUACACAUCUGCCGGUGGUACAGAACAUGGUAAACCACCGAAAACACCACGUUCGAAUCGAACAACUAAUAGUCGUAGUGAUGCAAUAGCACCAACAACACGACAAACGACCAAUCGUGGCGGUGAUAGUGAAGCAAUUUCAAUACCGGCCGCAACUUAUGCAAUGAAACUUGGACCUCAAACCGUUAUGUCUCAGUGGAUGAUAUCAUUAGAUGAUAAUCUUGACGAUGAAGGUAGUGAUAAUCAACAUAGUGCUAAAUGGGAAGACGCACAAGAAAAACUUCAAAGCACAACGCAAGAGCCAUCUCUAUAUCAUCCAGCACAAGCUCAAACUCCAUCUCUAUUACCUACGGGUAAUAUCGUUUCAUCAUCAUCUCCUCCACCUCCAGCAUCAUCACCUCCUGUGAAUAAUCCACUUUCUCCGUCCACAAUGAACAGUCAACUACAACAACAACAACAGCAACAGCAGCAGCAACAACAACAACAACAACAACUGCAGGCGCAUACAAUAUCUGCAACAAUAAUAAACAAUACUAUUCAGCAGAUUCCAUCAUCAUCAACUCCAAUAACCUAUGCCACUAUUUUGAACAGUAAUAAUGGUUCGAGUUUAGUCACGGCAACGAAUAGCAAUGUAUUAACAACAACAACAACUACAACAAGCAUCAUUAAUGGCGGUCGCCAACAACAAUAUCAUCGACCAUUGCUGCGAGGAAUGGAGGAAACAUCCAAUACAGGAAUAUUGAACAGUUAUGAUGGUUUAGAAAAUCAACAAAAAGAAUGUAUGCUGCGUCCAAAUGAACAAGCAUAUAUAGAAAAUUUUCCGUUUGAAAACUAUCGAACUUCAAUAAGUACAACCCCUAUAUCUCGUCCACCGACAACAUCUGUGCCAAACGAUAUAUUAGCGAAUGCAUUUCCUCGUCAUCCACCAAGUCUAAUAACCAAUCAGACUACUAUUACUAAUUAUGCCGGUGCUAAUCGAUUGUCAGAUGAUGAAUAUGAACAAGAGGAAGUUGCGGGUGAAGAAGAAUUUCAUCAUGAACAUGAAGGAGAGGUAGAUGAACAACAAAAUCAACAACAACAACAACAACAACAGCAACAACAGAUGCUUCGUAAAGACAAUGGACAAAUCUAUUCUCAAACAAGUAUGCAAUCAACUGUAAUUGGUGAUAGUUUUUCUAAGAAUAUUCCUUCAUCUUCAUUCAUUGAUACCUCGGUACGACCGAGCCAGAGUGCUUCAACAAUAUUGAUGAUGAUGAAAGCAGGAAAUGGAAAUACAGGUUCAGGAGGUAAUUUAGCAGGCAUUCAACAUCAAUACCAACCGUCAAGAAACGGCAAACCAGUUUAUGAGCCACGUACAAUUGGUGUUUCAUCAUCGAUUCGACCUGCAUCAUCCGGUUCAUCAAGCUCCUCAUCAUCUUUACAUAUCGAUGAAUUCCAACAGCAGCAGCAGCAGCAGCAGCAACAGCAACAACAUUUAAGACCUCGUGGGUACAAUUUCGUUCCAGCGCCAUUCAAUGGAACACGUUUAAUAGCUAAAUCAACUGAGCAAUUAAAUCGUUCAUUUGCUAACGAUAGUCUUGUUAAAUAUUGUACACCACCAAGUACUCCACCAACUUCAUUAUUUCAAAUCACAACAAAAGAUAAUUCUCCAACGUCAAUUCUCAAGCAAAAUUAUCAACAGAAAUACUCUCAGUCAUCAACAAUGAUUCAAAGCUUAAAUCAAAACGACGACGAAGCAAGUCCUAAUGAAAAUGUGGAAGAAUCGAAAAGUGAUCAACAACGUUUUUCAAAUGGUAAUCGUAUUUCGUCGACAUCAUUUGAAACUCAUCGUGGCGAUGAUUUCUAUAAAAAGCUCAUGUUCUACGAAAAAAAUGCUGCGAAUAACAACAAUACCAACAACAACAACAAUGGUUAUCAUCAAACCAAUAAUUCGUCUCGACGAACGUCCUUUCAACAAUCAUCAUUAAAUCCGUCCACGAAUAAAUCAGUUAGUAACUUUGUUACACGACAAGCACAACAAUUAGGAUCACGAGUGAAUCUCUCUUCUGCCAAUCCAUUCAACAAACAAUCGACCAUGUCAAGUAAUCUUGCUGAUCGAAUGCAGCGUAGUAAAUCUUAUAAAGAUUUAUUCGAAUCACCGUCGAGUUCGUCAGCAAACAUACAUCACAUCUAUUAUCAACAAUCGCCCUCAAUCAAUCGCUCAGGCUCAAAUCUAAACACUUCCACGAUCUUAACUUCAUCCCCGAACAAUAAUCUCUAUCCUUAUUAUUCGUCUUCAUUCUACUACCAAAAUAACAAUGGUUCAAACGCUCACAACACAACAGCUAUCGUCGGUAGUAUGUUUGGCAAUUCAACUAGUAAUGGAAAUAUCGAUCAACAUAGUCAUUUAACUGGAAUGACGGACUUUCCACGACGUGCGCCACCUAUGCAACAUUCAACAUCGACAAGUAAUUUAUUACUUGACGAUAUAUCUAGUUCAUCAACUGUUAGUCAUUUACCAAAGCCGCCACCUGGUAUACCCAGUCAGAAUGCAAGACGUCGUCGAUACAAAAUGGAUAAUUUAACCAGUCGCCAAAAAGAUAAUAAUAGUCGCGAAGGCUCGCUAGAACGCUCACCCAUGACGUGA